AUAACUAACACUUCGAAGGUCUCGUUCAGGUUACCUGUUUGAUCUUCAGCGGAUGCAUAAGUAAAUUGUUACAAUUAGAUUUAUUCUGUCAAUAAUCAGUUCGGCUUUUCACUAAGUUGCAUGCUGACUAACGGGAAAGCUAAAACCAGUUCGUCAAUGAUUAGCUGCACAUAAAUUAAAAGAUUUAUCCCAGUUUCAGACUGAACAAAUCAUAUAAACAUCUAUGAUAAUUUCAUGAUUUAUUCUGACGUAAAACUUGUUUUAUAAAGUAUUAUAUAUUUAAUCCAUAAUCAAGAUCUUUCUGUAUUCCGAAAUCUUAUGUCUACCGAAAAUCGUCAAACUGAUGGUGUAGCAACGAUAAGUCCUUUAGAUCUUGUUCUAGUAAGUAUUUUCUUCAUAGCUAAUCUUUUGAAGAUCAAGUUCAAAGGACCAACAGAAGAAACGGCAUAUUACUUGAGGUAUCUUGGCAACGUGCUUAUCGUAUCUAAUAAUCAGAAAUAUUCAAAACACAUGCUAAAGAUUUUCAAUAAAAAAUAGUGAUAAAUCCUGUUGUUUUGAAAUCCUGGUGCGAAAUAUGGAAGAUUAAAUAACUUAACGCUCAAUAUAUCGUAAAUAUAUAUGGAGUAGAGCUUAUCUAAAUGUUACCAGCUUUUGUACAUUAAGAUAAGUUACUAAUUAAAACAUCAUUCUAUAGAACAGAAAGAAUCUGUGACGUCAAUACACUAUGAAAGUAAGAGGUGAAAAAUUAAAAAGUGUCUACAGAAAAACAUGUAACCACAAAAAGUUCCUGUUAAAUACAGAAGAACCUAAAGAAACUACCGUACUAUAAUUCGAAGUCAAUAGUGUUGAAUAAUAAGUCAGUUGAAGAUUAAAAACUAAAUUAAUCAAGACAUGUUCUAGAUCCAAACUAAUCGUCUAGUACAAGACAUGUUCGUCGAGGCAAAUUAUCAUUACCGUUCAUGUUAUCUCCAACUGUAUAUAAGUUUAAAUGUACCUAUCAAAGAAGUUAUUUUGAGAGAAUAAAAAGAAGGACCUGAGUCAGCCUAUAUGGAUUUAUUUCAAACAGAAUAAAAAUUUUACUAAACUCUGUUUUAAAACACCUAUUUGGUACAACCCAUCAGAUUGACACUUUAGAAUCUUUCAAUGUGAUUCAUAUUCAAUAAGUUUCAUAAAAUUUGCUCGAUAUAUGAUCAUAAUGAUGUCUAUCAUGAAAUAAAUGAAUGGUUUCGAAAAAUUUUUCAGUGAAUCAUUUGAUCUCUUAUAGUUCACAUUUUACCUUUACAUGAUCCGAUUGCAUCUGUUUUUGUUUUUGUAUUUUAAAAACAAGCCGGAACUAAUAGCGCUUUUGUUUAUUACCAUAAACAUAGUCUGGAAAUUCGUAUAAUUCUAGUAUAAAAAUCACAUUUAUUAUAUAGACACUUACAAAACUACUGAGAUUCCUAAUCUUUGUUCAAUUCACCGCUCAUUUACUUAUUGUAUUACUAACGGACGAAAAAUACAGGUUUAUUGAAUCUAACAACAUGAAUUAUUGAAUUCAUAUGAAUAAGCUCACGUGAACUAUCAUGUUUGUGAAAUAUACAUGUAUAUACCUACAUUUAUGCAUUGUUACUUAUCAUUAAGAAUAUCCAGGCUUCAAAUUACGUUGUUUACAUUCAUACAAUAUUUAAUAGACAACAAACAAACUAGAAACUGAGAAAACCUUUUAUUAUUCCAUUCAAACAUUCUCACUACUUUACAUAUUAUUUGUACGAGAUAACAAACAAACAAAGUAACAAAAUUGUACAACAUUUCCCAAUUCUUUUUCUAUCAACAUGCUGAAAUGUGAUAGUAUUUGGAAUUUAAGAAAUAAAUUUCUAAUAUUAUUAGCCAUGUUACUUAUUCCUUUGUAUAUAUCACUGGAAUUAUGUUUUUUUAUUUCUGAUCAGUAUGUAUUUUACAGAUGUGCGAUAGACGAAGGUUUAUCAUAUGACGUAAAAGAUGGGAAAUUUGAAUUGAUCGCAAGCAAUGAAUCAGAUAAACUUUUACUUAAGGAAGGGCAACGUAGAGCUGCUUGGAUUGGUGCAUGCAAUCAUUCAGUAAGAUUAUUAUUUGGUUUAUUGACAACAAUGAUAAUUGGUUACAUAUCUGACCAUUUCGGCCGUCGUUUGUCAUUAGGUAUCAUGAUCAUCGGAGAAGCAUUACAAAUAAUCACACUGAGUGUGGUUGUUCUCCUCCAAGCUAAUCCAUGGUUAACAAUUAUCCCUGGUUUAUUCGAUGGAUUUAUAGGAGGUGGUUUGUUAUCGAUCCAAGCACAAGUUUCAGCAUCAUUAACGGAUUUAGUGUGUAAAGAAUCAAUAGAUAAUAAUGAUGUAACAAAUAGUCAAUUAACUAAUCAAAAUAAUUUAUGGACUUUAUUCACUUGGUUCGAUGGACUUGCUUUAAUUAGUUUAUCACUUUCAAAUCCUAUAGGAGGCACCCUUCUUUAUCGAGGCGGUUUUCAACUACCAGUUAUCAUCUGUAACAUUUUGGUUGGGAUUAGUUUAUUGAUAAUAUUUUUUCUACCUGAAUCCAACAUGGGAUUUCGUCCGAAAUGUUUAAAUAUAAAUAAUUUAAAUAAUGAUCAAGAUUGUAAAAACGACAGUAGUAAUAUAGAGAUUAUCUUUGUACGCAGCAGGAAUUUAUCAUUUUGGGAAGUGAAUUGUCAAAAUAUUCACAACAGUUUCAAGAUCCUUAGCGGAAAAUAUAAACAACACAUUCUAACUGGACUUAUUGUAUUUUUGUUAUCUACUGUUACAUCAACGGAUUUGUACAUUAUAUACAUAUAUCUAAUGGGAUAUCCAUUUUUAUGGAAUUCACAGGAUGUUGGGAUUUAUUCUGGUGUAACUGAUAUAGUUUCUGCAAUCUUUGCACUUAUUUUCACACUUUUAAUGGCUCGAAUCAUACAUAGACCAAUAUCAAAAUCAAAUCAUUCAAUCUCUCAGAAUAUAUCUGAUACAAAUGAUAAUUAUAAACAAUUUCAUAAAGUUAAAUGUCAAUCUGUCAAUUUCCUUUUAAAAAUAUUAAUUUUCAGUAUUUUCAUGAUGUUUAUGAACCGAAUUAUACUUGGUAUUUCACAUCUGUUUACUACAUUUACAGCUAAUACUUUAGUUUAUAUCGCUACCAUACCAAGAUUUGCUAAAGGGUUGAAUAAUCCAAUACUAAGAACCCUUAUAUCCAUGUGGACUGACCAAUUAAAGCAGGGUAUGAUACAUUCAUUUGUGGCGUUUGUAUCACGAUUGGGUGUACUUAUUUGUUUUUCUGUCUUAAUUUUAAUCUAUUCUUCAACAACUCAUUUAUUCCCUGGUACAGUAUUUUUGGUCUGUUCUAGUUUGAUAAUUAUUGCACUGAUAACAACUGGGUAUGUUAUUUAUGUAGAUUUUAUUCAAUGA